AUUAUUUUUAGGUUAGUUUAUUGUAAUUGAGGUGAUGUGGUAGAUAAAAUUGUACAAGUUGAUUUCCAGCGAAUUUUGUUUCUGCACAAUGUUCUCGUUCUCCAGUAGUGGUUCUCCAGUGAGUCAUUCACAUUCGUUUACGCGGUUUAACAUCAAUUCGUAUUUCCGCCGUCUCUAUAAUAUUAAUCACAUGAAAUUAAAUGAAUGGGAAGUUAAUCAAAUGAAAGCAAUAAAUUCGAGUUCUUUUCAUAAAAACGUUUAUUCAUUCGAAAUUUCGUAAUUGUUUCGAAACAGUGAUCGUGCGAUAAACAAAGAUUCGGUACAAAAAUGGAAAACAAAGAUGAAAACGAAACUGAAGAGAGUGGUGAUUACAACGAAACGUCGAUAAAUAGACCAAGUUUAGGAUCUUUAGGUUCAGACGGAGAUUAUGAUGAUAUAUUGGGUGUACCAAGGUCUAUUAAAAUAUUAGACAUAGGAGAUGGACCGGUGGCUAUAGAACAUUCCGAUGAAGAACUUGAAGAAGAUGGUAUCGAACAUAUUGGAUUUAACGCUGUACAUAACUACAAGAAAUUUUCGUCUAUGAAUAGAGACGUAUUCAUACCAGGCGUAGAUGUAUCUGCAAUAAUAGUGGAUUAUGAAAGGAAUUUAACAUCUCACAUGCUCAAUCCAAAUUUGUAUACAAUUUCUCUUGUACACGGAAAUUUCAAUUGGCAGAUAAAAAAGAGGUACAAACAUUUACAAUCCCUUCACCAACAAUUGGUAUUAUUUAAAACGGGUUUGAAUAUACCUUUUCCGACUAAAACUCACAAAAACAAAAGGAAAUCCGUCAAACAGAACGUGAAAAAAACUACGAGCGGUAAACGGAAAAUGGCGUUACCGAGAUUUCCAAAAAAACCGGAAGUUUUAGUAUCUUACGAAAGAAUUGGUAAUAGAAUGAAACAAAUCGAAAGUUACCUGAAUAAUUUGCUAUCGAUACCGAUCUACAGGAACCAUUCAGCAACUAUAGAAUUUUUGGAAGUGUCUCAUUUAUCGUUCGUCGAAGGUCUUGGUUCAAAAGGUAAAGAAGGUUACGUAAAAAAACGAACGGGAAGUACGAAUCCCGGUCAAACCGGUUGCAAUUGUUUCGGUUUAUAUCAUUGCGUGUGUUGCGUCAGGAUGAAAUAUUUCUGUAACGAUUUGAUUUGUUCGAGAUACGUGAAAAGGUGGUUUUUCGUAAAAGACACUUAUUUCGGUUAUAUCAAUCCAAAAAACGGUCGCAUAAAGGCGGUCGUACUUUUCGAUCAAGGUUUCGAAGUAGCAUCCGGUAUAUACGCUUUGGGGGUACAAAAUAGUUUCCAGGUACAGAGUUUAUGCAGAAAUAUCACUUUCAAAUGUUGGACUAAACGGAAAAGUAAAGAAUGGACGGAAAAUUUGAAAGAAGUCGCUGCCACUACUGCGCGAGAAUUUGUGUACCCCAAUAGAUACAGAUCUUAUGCUCCUAUAAGAGUGAACGUAACGGCUUCUUGGUUUGUUGACGGGUGUUCUUACAUGUCCGCUGUUGCCGAUGCUAUAGAAAACGCCAAGGAAGAAGUUUUUAUUACUGAUUGGUGGUUGAGUCCCGAAAUCAAUUUAAAAAGACCCGCCAUACUUGGAGAUUACUGGCAACUCAAGAGAUUAUUAGAAAGAAAAGCGGAUAGCGGUGUUAAAAUAUACGUUUUGUUAUACAAAGAAGUCGAAAUGGCACUCGGAUUGAAUAGUUACUAUAGCAAACAAAAAUUAACGGAAUCGUCGUCUAAUAUUAAGGUCCUUAGGCAUCCUGAUCAUGCUAAAACUGGUAUAUUCUUAUGGGCGCAUCACGAAAAAUUGGUUAUUGUGGAUCAGACCUACGCUUUUCUAGGAGGAAUUGAUCUGUGUUAUGGUAGAUGGGAUGACAAUAAACACAGAUUAACCGAUUUAGGUAGCGUAACGCCCAGUAUAAAUACAUCGACGUUAAAGAAAAAAUCCUCCAAUGUACCGACAGGUGAUACGAUCUACCCCAUCCCUGUACCGUAUUACAAACAAACUCGAAAUUUGGAUAUAGACGAACCGGACAACGAAGUUAUUAAAGUGACACCCGAUUUACCCGAAUUAGAACCGGGUGAUCAUUUGUUGAUACCCAUAACACACGGACAUCCAGUUAAAAUGAAUACUCCACAGUUGGAGAGGAAACACGCAAAUGUGCACAGCGUUAUUGACAAUUUGAAAAUUAAAGGAAAAGAACUGAUGAAUUUGGUUUACACUCCUCAUGAACACGAAACUUUGUCUGAACGAGAUUCAACUGAAACUAAGUUAGACGAAACCGACGCUCGAACUCCCGAAGAAAUAAUCGAUACUUUGGACGGUUCGGCAAAAUUAUGGAUAGGAAAAGAUUACGUCAAUUUUAUUGUGAAAGAUUUCACGAAUUUAGAUUCGCCGUUCGAUGAUUUCAUAGAUAGGAGCACUACGCCGAGGAUGCCUUGGCACGAUAUAGGAAUGUGUGUACAGGGUGAUGCCGCUAGAGACGCAGCUAGGCAUUUCAUUCAGAGAUGGAACUCGGCGAAAUUGGAAAAAGCUAAAAGUAAUGACAUGUACAAUUAUUUAUUGCCGAAGAGUUACGAUAACUACAAAACUUUACCGGUGGAGUUUCCUAACAAAACUCACAAAGUAUCUUGUCAGUUGUUGAGAAGUGUUAGUUGUUGGUCUGCGGGAUUUUUAGAAGCUGAUACUAUCGAACAAAGUAUACACGAAGCUUACAUCGAUACUAUAACUAAAGCUCAACAUUAUAUAUACAUUGAAAACCAAUUUUUCAUAUCGUUAUCCUGUGAUAAUCCUUUCACUAAAAAUCAAAUCGGAGAAGCAUUGUAUAAACGAAUAAUUAGGGCUUACAAAGCUAAAGAAGUUUUUAGAGUUUACAUCGUAAUGCCUUUACUGCCGGGAUUCGAAGGAGAAGUAGGAGGACCUUCUGGUACUUCCUUACACGCAAUCACCCACUGGAAUUAUCUAUCUAUAUCAAAGGGUAAAGACGCCAUUUUAAAUAGAUUAAAAGAUGCCGGUAUAGAAGAUCCGUCAGAUUACAUAACCUUCUACGGUUUACGAACUCAUUCGACUUUAAAUUCCGAACCAAUAACUGAACUCAUCUACGUACAUUCUAAACUCAUGAUAGUUGACGAUAAAAAGGUGAUAUGCGGUUCAGCUAACAUCAACGAUAGAUCACUUAUUGGUAAAAGAGAUUCUGAAGUAGCUGUAUUGAUAGAAGACGAAACGUUUGAAGAUGGAAUUAUGAACGGGUCGUCGUUUCCAUGCGGAAAAUUCGCUGGAAGUUUGAGAAAACAUCUGUUCAAGGAACAUCUCGGUCUUCUGGAUGAAGAAAAUGAAGUAUUUGAAGAUGUAGAUGUUAGAGAUCCAGUAUCGGAAUCGUUUUAUAGGGAAGUGUGGUACAAAACUGCUGAUUUAAAUACUGAAUUUUAUGAUAAAAUAUUCCAUGUUAUACCGACGAAUACAGUGGAAACUUUCGGGGAUUUGAAAAGGAAUCACGAAGAGAAACCGUUGUGGGUGGAUGAAUUUUCUAGAGCGGAGAAAAUGUUGGAUAGUAUACAGGGACAUUUAGUUUUACUACCCUUAAACUUUUUAUCUAAAGAGUACUUAAUGCCUGCCGUUAACUCUGCAGAAGGUUGGAUGCCUACUUCUUUAUGGAUUUAAUUUAUCAAUUUUUUUAAUGGUUUUUAAAUAUUUUUUUAAAUUAUAUGGAAAUACUCGAAAUUUUUUGAAAAAUGUACAUAUGUUUUGCACUGAUUUGCAAUUUGUUAAUAUUCAAAUUCAAUUUGAAAUACUUCUUUUCAGGAGAUUAAAAAUAACCUCAAAUUUCGGAUAAAAAAAUAGAGAUUAAGCUUUACAGUCUACACAAAGUUCAAAUAGACAUAUUUUUUGAGCACCACAGACAAAUAUGACGCUCUUUUCGACCUAGUGAUAUUAGUUAUGGGCAAAGUUAUGGGGUUAUGUCAUAUCUGAAACAGCAAAUAGAUAAACAAACUUUGAAGGCUUAUAUUUUUGGAAUCAAUAGGGCUAGAGAUUUUAAAUUUUCACGAUUUGUGAAUCAAUUCUUCAUGAUCAGAUAGAACUUUGGUAGAAAACUCUAUGUUUGAUGGUACAAAAGUUAUGGGCAAAGUUAUGAGGUUAUGUCAUAUCCGAAACAGCAAAUAAGAUAAACUUUGAAGGCUUUUAUUUUUGGAACCAAUAGAGCUAGAGUUUUGAAAUUAUCACGAUUUGUGCAUCAAUUCUCCAUGAUUGGAUAGAACUAUGGUAGAAAACUCUAAGUUUGAUGGUACAAAAGUUAUGAGGUCAUGUUAUAUUUGAAGGCUUAUAUUUUUGUAACCAAUAAGAAUGACACGUGGCCUUUGAAGGAGUUGGAGCACUGUUGUGGGUCACCUUGAUUCAAUUCCAUACUCCCUCAGCAUGUCCCGAUCCUCAAUUGAUUGAAAUAUUGGUUUCUUAAUAACGAGAGCAUGAUAAAUUUAUCGUUACUGCCAUUAUUUCCCUUGGUCGUCCAUUGCCAGCUCUUUGAUCUAUCAAUCUAUCAGUUUUCUUUUGCUAAGCUAUCAUCUAGGGAUAUGUUCACAUCCGAAAGAGAAUUAAAGAUGUUUAAAUGUAACUUUUAACAGUUUAAAAUAGUUCCAACUUAAUAAUAAAUAAAUCAACUCGUGAGUCAUACACUAGCCCUAACGGAGUAGUAUUUUUUAAAAAAGUGUAUUAGCAAAACUUACCCAUCGUAACUUCUUAUUCACUCGUACUUGUCCUAUUUUUCCACGAACAUUUCAUUCAUUCUCCUUUUUUUACUUCCCAUCACAAACUUUCGUAACUUCGAUUUAUGUCUUUUAUUCCACCUUGUACAUAAAUGACACGUUUCACUUUUAUAUUUUACCGUUUUCUAACCGAAUUUUUCAUCCGCGAAAUUUGUAUUUUUAGUAUUACACCGCAUAAAUUAAUGAUAAUCAAUAAAAAUCACUACACCACUGCCACAAUAUCUUGAAUAAAUCUUAGGUUAUGUUAGAGACGCGCACAAAAGUUUAAAAAAGAAGAAGCGUAUUUUAAUAAAAUAAUUACUCACAUACACAACGAUAAUUAUAUUUCUAUUAUUGUUGUAUCAUUAUUUAUCCAUUUUUCAUUAAAUACUUUAUACAUGUAUUAGUGUUAAUUAACCCUAUUAUAACUUUUCAUUAAAUGGAUUCAUAGUAGACCGAACGCCGGAUAUUGUACAUUCUGAGCGGUAUUGCCACAUUUCCGCUGAUAAAUUUAGCUACCUUGAAAGUAUUUUUUUAAUUAUGUUUUAUUUGUAAUAAAAUUGUUUUAAACUCAAAUUUAUAUAAAUGUCAAAAAGUAUUUAUUUCUUUUAUAAAUAUUUAUAUUGAAAAAAUGUGUAAUAAACGAUUUUUAAUAAAA